GGGGGGGCGGAGAGGGUGGAAGUAAUUGGACGGGGGAUUAGACGAUUUGUACUUGAAGAAAACAGAAUAAACUUGAAGAAAACGUGGAAACAUGGCUCAAAGUAGACUCGAAAGAAUUGGAACUAUUUACUCAAGGAUUUCUUCACUCAUGAAAGGCGGAGCAAUGAAAUUUGAAGACAAACCCCUGUGGUACAACAUCUACGAGGCAUUUCCUCCCAAAUUGGAACCAAGAUUUGAUAGAGUAGCUCCCAAUAUUCCUGUUCGAGAGAUUUUUUAUAAAGAAGAUGUUGUUAGAGCGAAAUUUCAGAGCGAGCACAACAGAUUUACGAUUAAUCUUCACUCUCAAGGCACUCAAUCACAAACUCAAAAGUUUCUUGAUAUUUACGAUCAAUUGGAGAAGUCUGGACUGGCGGAAUCAGAGGCUUAUGAUAAGGCGAUGGAGAAGUGGGCGGAAGAAAAUACAGAAGCCAAAAUAGCGCGAUCGAACGAGAAGAGCGUAACAGAAAGUCGGGAUCCAGUGAAAAAACCUAGUACAGAUAUAACUGAUAUUUUUAAACAAUAAGAUAAUAAAUUGCGUAGUUCAUAGAAA